AUGCUGCUGGCCAACUACGCCUCUGAUUCGGACUCGGACAAUGAGGCAGGGCCGUCAAAUAAGUCUGUCCCGGUGCCCGUACCGACAAAAUCGGCCCAACCUACCGCUGCCAAAGGCAAGAAACGAGCUGGUCCGAUAAAGAUUACUCUGGACCUGCCGAAGACCAAAGCCGGAGCUGGGGACGAAAAUGGAACUGCAGAUGAUGAGGAUGGCGAAGUGGAUGACGCAGAUGAGGGCGGGCGGGAAGUGAAGAAGGCAAAGAUUGGUACAGGGGGACCGAAAGGCGGAAAGGGAUCCUCGUCAUUACUAGGCAUGUUGCCAGCGCCAAAACGGAAAUUACCCGCUGCUAUACCCUCUGGAGCAUCACUGGGCGUCAACAAAUCUAUGGCUACGAAGCCAAAACUGCCGGUUCCGAGUUUCGCUGGGGCUGGCGCUGGAGAUCAGGACGAUGAUGAGGAUGAGGAUGAGCGUCCGGCGGCUAGCUCGAGGUCGGGAGUGCUACUACCGCCGUCGAUGGCGCGAAAGGCCAAGAAGAGGGAGGAACCACCGCUCGAUCUCUUUGGACUUGCGAGCUCAGCAUCUGCCUCUGCACCUCCACCUACUUCCUCGUCAACCUCACUGAAGCCACCUCAAAUCACCUCUGCACCCGCCGUAGCCGACUUCCAGCCUCCUCCACCUACCGCAGACGACCCGUAUCCGGGCUACUACCUCCUCCCCGGCGGUCAGUGGGCAGCGUACGAGCCAGAGUACUAUCACUCGUUCUUUGCCACGGCGGCUGAAGAGGAGGCGGAAGAGGAUGGCGGGCGGAUCGGGAAGCAUUGGGCGGACUAUGACCAGUCUGCCGAGCUGGUGGAUGUGCAAGCGAGCGAGGGACUGGGGGAGGCGCGCGAGAGGGAGAUGCGCAAGCAGUUGGCCAAGCCAAAGAAGAAUCAAGAGGAGUUCGAGUACAAGCCUGUGGGCCAAGUCAAGGGGCUUGCUACAGAGCGUCAUCAACUGUCGAGCUUGCUCAACGUCGCGUUCACCCAAAGGGACCAACUGGAGGACCGGAUCGCGGCCAACAAGAAGAGCGCGAGGAUGGCAAAGACCAAGUAUGGGUUCUAG